AUGCAACGCAUUCGUUCCAAAGCCUUUGCGUGUCUACUUCGUCAAGAAGUUGCUUAUUUUGAUCGACCUGAAAAUAGUUCGGGUGCGAUUUGUGUUCGUCUUUCUUCUGAUGCAUUAGCAGUUAAAGAUAUCACUGGUUCACGAUUAGGAGUCAUCUGUGAAGCUAUUGCAUUAUCAUUUUUUGGAAUUCUAUUCGGAUGUCUCCUAAGUUGGGAAUUAACAUUGAUUGUUUUUGGUGCUGUUUUUAUUCAAUGCAUAAUCACCUAUGGGGAUAUGUCUUUACGCAUAUGGCUGAAUCGACAAUCUCAUCAAAUUAUUGGACGAACAAGUACGCUUGCUGUUGAAGUGAUAAAUAAUCUGCGUACAAUAAAACAGUUAUCAAUAGAAAAGGAAGUCUUACGACAAUAUUCUGAACUUAUUCAUGAACUAUUUAUGUCUUCUUGGAAAUGUUUAGUACCAGCUUCAAUGACAUAUGGUAUAUUCUGGUCACUAGAUACAUGUACUAUGGCAUUCAUAUAUUGGCAUGCUCUUGUUCUUGUUGAAAACAAUGAACUCACUUCGGAUCAUAUUAUAAUAUCUAGACGUAUCGCUGAAUCAGUCUCAGCUGCUGAGACGUUUUUUGAUUUAUUUGAUCGAAAACCAACUAUCGAUAAUACAUCUACUGAAGGAUUAGAAUUAGUUAAUUUUCGUGGAGAGAUAAAAUUUGAUCAAGUCAAGUUUAUCUAUCCAACUCGAUCAACAUCUAUUGUUCUUAAUCAAUUUCAAUUGAAUAUCAAGCCAGGUCAACGUGUAGCUCUUGUUGGUACAUCUGGAUGCGGAAAAUCAACAAUUAUUCAACUAUUGGAACGAUUCUAUGAUGUUACAAGUGGUCGAAUACUUCUUGAUGACGUUGAUAUCCGACGACUAAACCUUCAUUGGGUUCGUUCUCAUCUUGGUCUUGUUAGUCAAGAACCAAUUUUGUUCGAUUUAACAAUUGCUGAAAAUAUCGCAUAUGGAUUAGAAAAUGUUCCAAUGAAAGAUAUUAUCAAUGCAGCAAGUAGAGCUAAUGUUCAUCAAUUUAUUGAUCAAUUACCUCAGGGUUAUGAAACAAAAGUAGGUUCGAGAGGUAGUUUUUUGUCUGGUGGUGAAAAGCAACGUAUUGCUAUUGCUCGAGUUCUUCUUCGUCAACCUAAAGUAUUACUGUUAGAUGAAGCUACAAGUGCCAUGGAUUCAAACAAUGAACAACUUGUACAAGAAGCUCUUGAACAAGCUCAAAUCGAAGAUUCUAGUCGAACAUCCCUCAUUAUUGCUCAUCGUCUUUCAACUAUUCGUUCAUGUGAUUUGAUUUGUGUACUUGAUAGAGGACAUAUAAUAGAAAGUGGUACUCAUACUGAAUUGACACUACGACGUGGAGCUUAUUAUAAAAUGCUUGCUCAAAAUAAUUUACAAUGA